AUGGCCUUCUCCCGGUCCCUCGUGGCCGCGGUUGCCACGCUCUCUCUUGUGAAAUCCACACAGGCAUGGAACGUGGAGCUGCCUCCUUGCUUGGAUGAAUUCAAGCCCUUUGUCGCUUCAGGUUGUUUCCAAGAUGGCACACCUGGUACCCCUCAGGCUCUCAUCUUCCGCUCAUCUCUGUCCUCUGACAACAUGACUGUUGAGCAGUGUGUUGCUGACUGUAAAGGCAAUGGCUUCCGUUAUGCUGGCCUCGAGUAUUAUGGCGUCUGCUUCUGCGGCAACACUGUAGAUGGUCCUCAGGUUGAUGACUCUCAGUGUACUUUCCCUUGCAACGGCGACAAGUCUGAGACAUGUGGAGGAAACAAUGUCCUCUCUGUCUGGCAAGACCCAACAUUCCCCACCAAGGACGUCACCAUCGGUGACUACAAGGCUUCUGGUUGCUUCACUGAUAAUUCGCAACUGGGACGUACCCUUUCAUGGUCCGCUGAUGUCGAUUCCUCCACCUUUACCACUGAGAGCUGCUUGGCUGCCUGCGAGAAAGAAGGCUUCCCGUUGGCCGGAACUGAGUUUGGAGGCGAGUGCUGGUGCGGUAAUGUCCUUGCGAAUAAUACUGCCAAGGUUGAUGAUUCGCAAUGCAAUUUCGCUUGCAACGGAAACUCGUCGGAAACAUGUGGAGGAAGAGGCCUCUUGAACUUGUACAUUGCCAAGGAUCUGGAGUCUUUGGAGCCCUGCGGCUACACUCCCCCCAGCUCCACGGUUCCUCCUCCGCCUCCUACCUCCACGAGUUAUCCUCCUCCUCCUCCUACUUCCACGAGUUCUCCCCCUCCCCCUCCUGCCACCACGACUACCUGCACGACCACCACCAAGAGCACCAGCACCACGACCACCAGCUCCGUGUGUACGGCCACCGUCACCACUCCUCCCACUUGCGAGUACAAGUGUGGCAAGUGGUGCUUCCCUCCUCUGCCUGAUUGGGGUAAUGAGAAGGAUUGCUUGAAGGCCUACGCUACUUGCGUAGCCGGCACCGCUUCUUGCUUCAUCCAAGCUGGAUUCCCCGAUGCUCUCCAGUGCUUCAACUUUGGCGCGUGGUGCGGUAACAUUCAGAAGUACUGCGGCUCGACAUGCAAGUACGGCAAGUGUUCCAAGGGUGAUUGUUGGAACCACAACCCCGGCCAGGGCGGUAGCCUCCCCAAGACGUCUACUACCGUCAUUCCUUGCCCUCCCACCACGACAUCCAAGCCUCCGGCUACCACGACAAAGCCCUCCACUUGCCCUCCUCCUCCUACCAACAUUUGCACACAGCCCUCCAACUCCAAGUAUGGAUAUGGCCCAGGCAAGCCUGUCGGUGGAAUUGAUCUGCCCAUUGUCAGCUGCAAUGACAUCUACAGCGAUUGGCGCAACAACCCCUUUAAGCUGUAUAUCGACCAGAACAGCCGCAACUGCCCCUCAUAUCCCCCUUCACGCUGCGGCAAUGCUUGCGCCGAUGCCUGCAAGGAGCAGUACGACCAGUGCACAAACGUCUACCAGAAGGGCUGCCAGGAUGGCUCCAGCGGCCGGUGGAAGCGUAACGAGGAGAUCAAGCGCUUGCUCGGCAUCAGCCAGUUCACGCAGAACUGGGGCUUUGGCGAUAACACUCCUUCCAACGCAGCCAAGAAGUGCCAGGCCCAGUAUUCUGACUGCUUGGCCGUUAACAAAAAUGUCAACCCCAAGCAGCAGUGCAAGACUUGGUGCUAUUAA